CUUAAGACAACUCAAAAUCCCUUUGUACUUGCCACCUUCUACCCCUUUCAAGAACCCAUUUUUCUUCACCAAAACCCCAUGAAUUUUUCUCCAUUAAACCCUUAAACAGUUGAAGAAUUCAAGAAAAAAUUUCAAGAAAAUGGCACAUUUCCCAAUGAAUCCCUAUGAUGAACAAAGACUAAUUCAAGAAGUUCACUACCUUCACUCUCUAUGGCAUCAAGGACCCCCACCCCACCCCCACCACCCACCUUACCCCCACCCCUACCCUUACCUUCCUCAACCCCACUACCCUACCCCACUUACCCUCCACCCCACAAGUUCAACUCAAUUCAAGAAAAGGAACAACAAGAAGAAGAAGAAAUCAAGAAAGCUGAAGGAAUCAGAAAUUCAAGAUUCUGGUAUUGAAUGGAUUAGUAGUAAAUCCCCAACGGAGUCGCCGCCACCUGUUAAUGAAUCAGGCUGGCCUAGCUUCAAACCACAGAUAAAGAAGCAACCCCAUUUGCCUACUGAUCAAGAAUUGGCAACUGUUGAGGCUAACAAGGUUCAGCAACAGGCGUUGAAGGCAGUAUCGGAGUAUUUGAAGUACUCAAAGAAUGCUGAUGAUGACGAGGAUGAUGAGGAGUAUGAUGAUGAUGAUGAUGAUGUGGAAGUGGAGGAGGAGGAUAAGGGGGAGAAAAAUGUGAGCUUUUUCGCGAAGUUGUUUGAGGAGGAUGUGGGGUUGAAGGAGUAUUAUGUGAAGAAUAGUGAGAGUGGUGUUGGUGAAUUUAGUUGUCUUGUGUGUUGUGGGGUUGGUAAGAAAGGGUGGAAGAAGAGGUUUAAGGAUUGUGUGGCACUUGUUCAGCAUUCGAUUACUAUAGCGAAUGCGAGGGAGGCACAUAGGGCUUAUGGGAAGGUUAUUUGUAGAGUUCUUGGAUGGGAUAUUAACAGGCUUCCAUCGAUUGUUUUAACUGCUGGUGAUAAGACUGGUGAAUCUUCUGGUAAACUGGCGGAGGCUCAGGUAUUAGGCUCUGGACUUCAGACUUCAAGUUUGGUCAGUUCAAAUGAUGGCUCCAAUAAAACAUUGCAGGGCAUAGGGGAUGACAGUGGUAAAGACGGUUUGGAUAGUCUAAGCAAUGCAACAGAUACUGUAAAUAUUGGCAGUGAUGAAUUAUCUCAGCAAAAACAGUCCUUUAGUAAUGAAAGCCAACAAGAAAAUGGUGGUGGCUCCAUGGCGCCAGAGCACAAGUCCCCAGUUGAAGCCAGUGUUAGCAACGGUAUUCCUGAAACAGCAAAAGAGAACACAGAGGGUGCAUCGAAUUGUCUGGGGAAUGAGGGCGAUGGUGGUAAGAGCAAUUUGAGCGGUCAAAGCAAUACGUCAGAUACUGUAAAUAUUGGCAGCAAUGAAAUGUCUCAGCAAAAAGAGCCUUUGGAUAAUGAAAACGGGCAAGAAACUGGGGGCAACUCCACUGCAUUAGAGCACAAUUCCAUGAGUGAAGCCAAUGCAAAUAUAAGCUUGGAAAAUGUUAGCAACGAUGCGGCUGAAACAGCUGAAGAGAAUGAAGAGGGUGUUUUCGAUUGUCUGGAACCAUUGCAAGAGGGUAUGAUUGUCGCAGACGAAGAAACUGGAGAGACAACAAUCGCUAGCGACAUGAGCUGAAUGUCGAAUGGCCUUAUCAUUCAAGAACUUUGAGAGUGCAAUGCCAAACGGUUCAUGUUUUACGAGAUCUAUUGUUCCAAGAGGUCAUCUGUUUCAUGAUAUAGAUUGUUAGAUGUUUGAGGAAAAAAACUUUAGGUUAGUGAUGUAGAUGAAUCAGUUUGUAUGAGUUAGACAUUACUGUUAAUCUGUGAAAUUAAAGAGGCUUUACUGUUGAUACCUUA